AUGAAAGCUCAUAGUCUUAGACGAUUUUUGCAUGCGAUCUUGGCACAAAUGUCUCAAAAGAAUUUUCGUCAUAAGUUUAUGAUAAGUUUAGGGGUUUAUUCAGUGAUAUCAAUUAUUUAUAUUUACCGUGUGGCUCUAUAUGGCGAAGAGGAUUCUUUUAAUUCUUUUUUUAAACCUCUAUUUAUACUAAUACCUUCUUCUUUAAGCUCAGGUACAAAUACUAAGAUAUUAACCUAUCCAACUAACCCAACCGAAGCUGCAGAAUUAUAUGAAAAGCUUAGAUAUGAUACGUCAGGAAAAUGGAUAGAUGAAUAUUACUUAAAAUCACAUCUAUUAACAGUUAAGAUAGGCCCUAAUAAAGGUAAAAUCUUGAAUUCAGUGGAUGAUUUAGAAUUUUAUAAUAGUGAUCCAAGAUUGGUUUGGUCUGUUUAUUUGAAUGAUGUAACGAAUAAUGGGAUUUCAGAUGAUUAUAAUAUGCCAUUCUCAUGGUAUGAUUUUGCAGAUUUUACAAUGUAUAACAAAUUAAUCUCAAUAAAGGAAAAACAUUCAGAUACUAUUCAAUGUUCAAUUUUAUUACAUCCAUCAUUUGAUAAAGCUAACUUAGGAAGAUGGGAAAAAGAAAUUGGUGAAGAAUUAUUUCAUUCUGAAAGAUUUAAAUAUGAUGAUCCAUUUUGGUACAGAUCGUCGAAAAGUUUUAGCAAUACAGCUGUAAAUAGUCCAGAGAACCAUUGCCAACAAUUAUCAGCUAAUAAUACUCGUUUUAAUUUGCCAUUAAAUAUAACAAAUUAUAUGGAACGUGUAAGGCCAGAGGUGUUUGAUUUACAAGCAAGAAAUUAUCUUUUGAAUACUAUUGACAACCCCCUAUCAAUAACAUUAUUAAAUAGUGAUGAUGAUGCAUACAGAAUCGACGUGAAACAAGGUAAUCGCGCUAACAUGGUCGAAAGUAGGAUUUUACAUAAAUAUAUUGAUCAACAACCGCGUGAUAAAAUUAGAAAUGAUAUAAUAUUCGAUCAUGAUGUAAUGUUUUCCAAUUUUAUAUCAAGUGAUGCCUCGCAAAAAUUUAAAGUCGAAAUACCUGGAUUAAAUAGAAAUGUUUAUGAUGAAGAUUCAGUGAAUCUGGAACUUGAUGAUUUUAAAUUUGAUGCCAAAACUAAGAUAGCAGAACUUGAAGAAAAAGGUAUAUCGAAUUUAUCUAUUCAUGAUAAGAACUACCUUGAAAGUUUAAAAGUUUCAAUCAGCACGCAUCCAUCAAUGGCAUCGAAAUAUUUUAGAGAGCCUGGUGGAAUUAUUCAAUUUAAAGCUAUGGGUCAUCACAGAGAUCAAAGAUUCUUCCACGGUGCCUUGAUAUAUGAUCAAGUUGAAUACUCAGCAAGAUUAAACUCAAUGAUUCGUACUUUUCAAAAAUUCAUCAAAGCCAAUGGUCUUAUCUCAUGGUUAUCACAUGGUACAUUAUACGGUCAGUUGUAUAACGGUUUAGCAUUCCCUUGGGACAAUGACUUUGAUUUGCAAAUGCCAUUAAAACACUUGAAUUACAUGGCUCAAUAUUUUAACCAAAGUAUAAUUAUGGAAGACCCUAGAGAAGGUAAUGGAAGAUUUUUACUAGAUGUAGGUACUUCAAUUACGGUUCGUAGACACGGUAACGGAAAUAACAAUAUCGAUGCAAGAUUUGUUGAUAUCGAUUCUGGUUUAUAUAUUGAUAUUACAGCGUUAGCAGUUACUGCCGAUGUUAUUCCUAUAAAUAAAUUUGACUACUAUGAUAUGAACAAAGCAAAAGAAAUAAAAUGGUCAGAUGAUGUUCAAAAACUAACCAAAGAAAUGGAAGAUAAAUAUUAUGAUGCUUACACAGGUUUAGCAAAAUUAUCUAUUGAGAAACUUAGAGACUACGUGGCGGAGCAUCAAAGACAAUUUGACUCCACCAGUGUUGAUCACAUUGUGAAGAUGUAUAAUGAUGAAGUUAAAAAAUUACCAAUUGCAGACACUAUAUCCAAAAACCUAACAGAAGUGCAACGUUACAUUUUUAAUGAAAAGUUGACAAUGAUUAAUUGCAGAAAUCAUCAUUUUAAUACUCUAGAAAUGUUGUCACCUUUAAAACUAAGUAUGUUCCACGGUGUGCCAGUAUUUUUACCACACAAAGUGAUAUCUUCAAUGAAGAUUGAAUAUACGGUGCCACCAAAAUAUGGCUAUAACUCUUAUGAAAAACACACAUUUACAGCAAAAUUAAAUCACUGGGUUCCUAGUGCUAUCAUGAAUAUUGUUAGAAACGUUGUCAAUGAUAAUGCUUUAUUCAAAAUACAUUCUAAUUUAAUGACUUUUAGGUUCAAUGAUAUGCUGAGCUUAUUUAAGAAUAUGCUAAUUGCGAGAGAGUAUGAUACGUUUACUGUGAUACAUAAUGCCUUUGAUACGGUCACAUAUCGUCAAAAGGAAAUCGAGAUAGAAUAUGACAACAGAAUGAGCAUUGAAGAUAAAAAGAAAUACUUAAAUCAAUUGAGAACCAAAUUCGCUAAGAAUAUGGACUCACCCGCCAAAGAUCCAGCUUUAUUACAGUAUGAACAGUCUUUGUGGGACAAUUACGAAAAAUAUUCAGAUGUAGUGGAAACAGAUAGUUUAGUGAGUAUGGUCAACGAUAAAGUGCUAAAACGGAGAUGGAAAGAUUAUAGUAUGUUGUAUGAAAGAAACUAUUUCAAGGUUGAUGAGCAAUAUCUAGAUAACAUUGGCUUGGAAUUAUUUGAAAAUUCACAAGAAGAAGGGAAAGAAAUAUUUCUAAAGGAUCCUUUAUUGGAAUAA